AUACGAUAAAAUUUCUUCAAGUGAACGCAAGAAAGCGCCACCUUUCAAUUACAGUGUGGAUCCCGUGUAUCACACCAGAACGUUUCUUAGCUCGGGGAAGAUUAAAAAAACUGACACCCAUUCAUUGCUAAUCAAGGUGUGGCCAAAUGGUGGUGACCUCAAAGGUCCUCGUCGUGUCUUGAUCACCCCGAAGAUCCGCCCAUACACCUUGUCAACCGUCAUUUCACACGUCAACGAGAUGCUGAAGGAAGAUUGCAUGGGAACCGUGGAAAAGUUAUACUUCCUAACUGGCACCCAAGUCUCUGACGUGGAACAGAUCAUUCAGAAUGGCCAGUACGUCGCCUGCAGGAAGGGGGAUCAGUUUAAAAGAGGCCGUUACAAUGAGCAAGCAGUGAAAAACAUUGCAACGUCUCCGAGGCUAGAUCGCAAGCUAAAAAAAGCCGCUGAUGGAGACGAGGAGAGAAUGUUUCCUUCUAAGCCUGUCAAAUACACACGAGGUUCUGAUAGAGGUCGCACUAACGGCUUUGAUAAAGAUCACAGUAAAGUGGCCAAGAAGGACAACUAUCUCAACACUAGGCUAAAUAAGGAGGCAGCAGACGGCAGAUACACCCAUAGAGACUUGUCAGGUCACCAGUCGGACGGCCAGGACGUUGAUCUGAACUGCUCCACGACUUUGUGCAACACAGUGGGAAGUAGACAACAAGAUCAUCAGAGACCCACUCCUUGUUACCCACUACGGUCAAGCACCAAAACACAAGACCACUCUCGAGGCCAUGUUAGGGCACAGGAUAUAAGUACUACAGCACCGCACAAGUCUGACAGACGAGACAAGAGACAGUCUACUGACACCGACAACGAGGAAGAGGGAUUAACUGUAAGAACGCAGGCUGGAUAUCGUGGUUACGAAACUGGAAAACCGCAAAGUGUACCUCCAGAUAGGACAGAUCAAAACCAUAACAUGGCCAGAAAUACUAAUAUAGGACAGCAUCAGAAUCCUAGACAUGAGAAACCUAUAGCUAACAGUGAUAACAGAAAAACUGUAGACAAGCAACCUACUUCGAAUCAGCAAAUUCGAAACCCUAGAGAACCUAGAAAUCAUGUGAGAGAAGAGGAGGCAGCUAUCAAACCCCAGACUGGAUUGCGCCAACAGACUCGCCAGCAUGUCACCGAACAAAAUGAAGCUGCCACCAAGAUUCAGUCUAGCUUCCGUGGUUAUCAACACAGAAAAAACAUCUCAGCUUCGCCCACUCGAGCACCCCAGGAUGUCAGAAACCGGCAGGUCAAUAAAGAUCAAGCUACGGGCUUGGAUACAGUCAAGGGGAGCAAACCGAAGAUCAGACAACCAGCACCUGCCCGUGAGGACAGCUAUGACGAGUUGGAUGGCGAGAACAAGGCCGCCCUGACCAUCCAGUCACACUACCGCGGUUACCAGACCAGAAAAUCUCUGGCCAACGGAAGUGCAAAUCGACGGAAUUGA